AUGGCAGGUUGGAAAAUGUGGUGUGUGGUGGUGAAGUGUGAUGUGUGUGGAUGUGGAGCGGUGUGUGGUGGUGGUGAUACGUGGGAGUGUGUGGUGGUGCCUUCGUUGUUGGCGACCUCAUACGUUAUCUUCACUACCAUUGAACACUGCCUCAAGAUGAACGACCUUGACCUGACGCGAUUCAUCAUUCAAAAACUUCUGACCCCUCCCCUCGUUCUGUUCGGAUGUCUGGGCAACACCGUCAACAUUCUCGUGCUCACACGCCCUGUCAUGCAGAACACCUCCACCAACAGGCCUUUAAGUUCAAUUAAAUUUGUUGUCAAUUUAAAUGGCUUAAAACGAAGAGGAAAGAAUUUUAAAAUGAAUGUUAAUGUUACGUUGAAAAAUUGUUGUUAUCGUUACAACAGCAUUCUGAUGGAAAGUGAAGCAGUGCCUGUUGAUGGCCAAUCGGUCGACCAGGAAAAGAGAACAUGGAGAGGAGGUAGUCUGUGGAAACAGCUGCUUAGGGUCAAAAGUUCAAGAUUUUCAGGUGUAGUUGAUGUAGUUGAGAAGCUUGAGUUAGAACAAUAA